AUGCGCAACACAGCGGAGCUGACGGAUCGCAAUCUUCCAGCACAACGACACCCGAACCUUAACCUCACUCCUGAGGAAAAGCGCGUUUUCUUCCAGCUUUUCCAGGCUGCUGAUACCACCAACCUCGGCGUCAUCACUGGCGAAAUCGCCGUUCCAUUCUUUGAGAAGACUCACCUAUCCCCCGAUACUCUCGGCCUGAUAUGGCAAAUUGCGGAUAAAGAGAACAGGGGUCUCCUGACCCCGUCUGGCUUCGGUAUUGUUCUGCGAUUAAUUGGACAUGCCCAAGCUGGCCGUGCACCCUCCGAUGAGCUGGCUCUGCAAUCUGGCCCGCUGCCUCGUUUUGACGGAAUUGUGGUGGAUACAACGGCAAGCGUCCCGGAAUCGGGAACCAAAAGCCCUCCACCUGGACCGGGUGGCCCUAUUCGUGUUCCUCCACUUCAGCCGGAUGACGCCAGCAAAUUCGUCUCGCUGUUCGAGAAGUCGGACAUCAAAAAUGGGAUGAUCUCAGGUGAAACCGCAAAACAGAUCUUUGAACGCGCCCGCCUCCCAAAUGAGGUUCUGGGUCGUAUCUGGUUUUUGUCUGACACCAAGCAGCGAGGUGCCUUGGAUGCCACCGAGUUUACCAUUGCCAUGCAUCUCCUGACAUCAUAUAAAUCGGGCGCCCUGCGCGGAAUUCCAGCGACCCUUCCACCUGGUCUGUACGAUGCGGCAGCUCGACGGGGAUCGGCCGCACGUGCGUCUUUUGGGUCGAGACCCGAUGUGCCCCCCAUCCCGGCCAUUCCUCAGCAAUUUACUGGCCCCCAGCGAACCGCAAGCCCUAUGAACCAAGCCAAUCGCUCGCCUUUUGCCCAGUUCGAUAGCAUAUUUGAGACUGUUGAUACAGCUAAGUUAGGACUCAUUACUGGAGACCAAGCUGUCACUUUCUUCAUGAAGGCCCAGCUUCCUGAAGAAACGCUUGCUCAAAUCUGGGACCUUGCUGAUAUCGACGCCGAUGGCCAGCUAAGCCGGGAUGAAUUUGCUGUCGCUAUGUACUUGGUGAGAAUGCAGCGUAGCGGCAAGGAGCCGCUGCCACAGGUGGUCCCGCCCGCACUCAUCCCGCCCAGCAUGCGCGGCCAAGCGCCUGCACCAAUGGCAGCCCCCGCACCUCCCCCGGCACCCGCACCCGCAGUGAGGACAGCUGCCGAUGAUUUGUUCGGCCUCGAUUCGCCCGCGCCGCCAUUCGCCCAGCCUCAGAUGCCUCAGUCUACCGGAGGCUCCAAUAGUGCUUUCCAAACUCCAGGCUCGCCUUCCUCUAGGGCAUCCCCUCAGACGGCAUCGCACACCUUCAAGCCUUUUGUUCCGACUUCAACAUUUGGCCAGAGCUUGCAGCCACAGAUCACUGGUGCAUCAGCCGGAACCCCGGCAGCAGUUCGCUCCCCACCGCCUCCGUCGGAUGAUCUUCUUGGUGACAAUGAUCCCGAAGAAUCUAGCAAGUUGACCAAUGAGACCACUGAGCUCGCGAACUUGUCCAACCAAAUUGGCUCUCUGGCCAAGGAAAUGCACACUGUGCAGGAGAAGAGGACCUCUGCUGAACAAGACAUUUCACAAACUUCGCAGCAGAAGCGUGACUUUGAGGCCCGUCUUGCCCAAGCACGUUCAAUGUACGAGCAAGAGGUCACCAAUUUCAAGGCACUUGAGGAGCGCCUUAAGUCAUCCAAGGCAGAGACGCACAAACUGCAGCAGCAAUAUGCAUUGCUCGACGGCAGCCGCCAAGAUCUGCAAAACCAAUACACGCAAGUUUCGACAGCCUUGGCUACCGAUGAGCAGGAGAAUGCCAGCCUGAAGGAGAAGAUCCGCCAGGCCAAUGCCGAAGUUGCUCAGCUUAAGCCAGCACUCGAGAAGGCGCGAUCUAGUGCGCGCCAACAGAAGGGUCUUGUUGCCAUUAACAAAAAGCAAUUAGCUACCGUCGAAGGCGAACGGGACAAGCUCCAGGAUGAAAUUGACGGUCUGGCUAGUCAGACCCCACAGUACUCCGAGGAGUCUGCGACACCGGCCCCCAGCGUGCCCGAGGUUGUAAGCCCUGCUGCCUCAACGGCAAGCCAAAACACAAAUCCGUUCUUCCGUCGAACGGUCAUUCGCAGCUUCCCCUGCUGCCGGGCCACCACCCACUUCGUUCCGCUCCGAGUCACCACAAGUCGCGGUAACAUCUCCUGGUACUUCUGCUGUUACAACCCCGUCGGUCUCACCUCCACCUGGCUCUUUGCCUGGCGCAUUCCUGCGGGGCCUUUCUCUGAGCCCCCACCUGCGAGCCAGUCCCGACAGCUCACCCCGAACUUCCUGCAGUUCAACGAUAACCAGUCCGUGACUUCGUCUACUAUGGUUUCGCCUCCCGCUAGUCGAUUCGGCGGCCCUGAAACCUCUGGAUUCGGCACGCCUUCUCAGGCGGCUACCAGUGACUAUGGACCUCAAUCAGUGGCAGAAUCUAGCGACUACAGCCGUGCAGCACCAUCAACUCUUGAAGGUACCCCCGCACGAUCUCCGUUUGAGGAGGAAGGCCAAGACACCUCGGCUAAGUUCCCUGAGGUCCCAGCCACAACUGCUCAGCAGCCCGAACCGGCAACAUCCUCUAUCGCCAAUGAUAGCCAGGUCGAAGCCAAUAAGGACCUAAGCUUUGAUGAGCUGUUUGGCAGCAAGGCACACAAACGGUCAGAAUCCCAGCAAGGUAACGACUUCGAGGAGGCGUUUGCUUCUAUGAAGCAUGUAACUGGAGCUGAGCAGACAAAUGGAGCUGCAUUAGCCCGCCCAUCCGAAUUCCCGCCUAUCCAAGAGUUACACCAUGAUGAUGAAGAUGAGAGCUCUGACGACGAGGGUCCCCUGGGAUUCGAUGACAAUUUCACGCCUCCCGCGCCAAACGCCAAAAAGGAGACUCAGCAGGAUUCCAUCGACGCUGCUCAACUGGCUGCUUUCCCUGUCCCGGGAACCUCAAACAAACCCCCAUCUCCUGGGUCACUCCAGAGCCCUCCAGAGUAUGAGGCUCCCAAAGAAGAUAACGUUCAUCUUCCCCCUCAAUUUAAUGGUCUUUUGCCCGACCGCGCCGAUCCCACCGUGGCACCGGACGCGCCUCAUUCAGUGGAGCACACCACUGGUGCGCCAGUCGUAAGCAAUGAGACCCAACGAGACUCUAUUUCUGAUGCUGCUAUCCCGUCCGGUGGAGCGAAGGUGGGAGGACCGGACUUUGAGGCAGCCUUUGCGGGAAUGAACCUUGCACCCGCAGUCGAAGCAGAUGACGAUGAGGAUGAUGAGCCACAGAGCCAGGAAGCCAAAAACACGACCGACUUUGAUUUCUCUUUCGACACCCCAUCCCAGAAGCAGCAGGCUGUCUCCGGAGCCGAUGUUGACCAAUCCAGCUCCUCUCAGUUCUUCGCUUUCGACAACAACGUCCAUGCAUCCGCCGCUCCGCCCGUCGGAUCACCCAAGGAGGGAGAAUCCAAGCCGGCUGCGCAUGAAUGGGACGCGCUCUUUGCGCCUCUUGACAACACCAAACCGGACAUCGGCGAAGACUCGAACGGAGCGAAAUCCAAAGAGCCCGGAUGGGCUCUGAACAACGACUCUGGCGAAGAUGACCUGAUCCUGCAGCGGUUGACGGGCAUGGGCUUCACACGUGAUGAGUCCUUGGAUGCCUUGGAGAAGUACGACUACAACCUUGACAAGGCUGCGGACCACCUAACUUCGAAGACUUGA